CUGCCAGCGUGGAACGUCGCUCGGUGGAUCCAGGAAGUAAACUGUCCGGUUCGGUCGGUGCUACCGGAACUCCCAAACCUCCCAGGAUUGAGUCCAGAGGCUGCAGUGGUUCCGGUCCCAGACAUACCGCAGCGGAACCCCGCAGAACCGGAACCGGAUCCGCUGCGUCCGGCGCCACGGAGCUGUCAGCUGCUGGCUUAGAGAACCCCCUCCCUCUCUGACGAUGGUUGACGCCACUCUGACUGAAGUGGGCAAGAACCUGAGUGAAGCCAUGAGGAUCCUUGGAGAUGAACAGACGGAGUCUGACGCUGGAGCUCCAAGCAGAAGGUUCAGUAGAACCAGCAUCCCUGGACCCCUGCAGGGAGACAGGAUGCAGAAUGUGGGGGAACAGGGCCACAUGGCCUUACUGGGUCACAGCCUGGCCGCCUACAUCUCAGUGCUGGACAGAGAGCGCCUCCUGAAGCUGACCACCAGGAUCCUGUCUGACACCACGCUGUGGCUCUGCAGGAUCUUCAGGUACGAGAACGGUUCCGCGUAUUUCCACGAAGAUGACCGAGACGGCCUGGUAAAGGUCUGCCGACUGGCCAUCAACGCCCGAUACGAGGAGUAUACCACUGAAGGAUAUGCCGUCUUAAGCUCCAGACAGCCGGUCAUCUACCACAGCGCCUCCUGCAGGCCCGGCCUGGGACAACACCUCUGCAGCCAGCUCGGCCUUCCUCUGUCCAGCCUGUGCCUGGUUCCAUGUAACACCAUCUUUGGAUCCCAGCAUCUAAUGGACGUCGCCCUGCUGGACAAACUGGUCAGAGAGGACAUAGAAGCCGGGAAGCUUCCUCUGCUGGUGGUCGCCAACGCAGGAACCCCUGGAGCGGGUCACACGGACAAACUGGGCCGCCUGAAGGAGCUGUGUGAGCAGCACAGGAUCUGGCUUCAUGUGGAGGGGGUCAACCUUGCCACGCUGGCUCUGCCUCAGGUCACCUCUGCUGUCAUGGCAGCCACCAGGAGCGACAGCAUGACGCUGACGCCGGGCCGAUGGCUCGGGCUGCCGGCGGUGACCGCUGUGACCCUCUACAGGCAUGAAGACCCGGCACAGUCUCUGGCAGCAGGUCUGACCUCCAGCCAGCCGGUGGAGAAGCUGCGGGCGCUGCCUCUCUGGCUUUCCCUGCAGCACCUCGGACACAACGGCAUCGUCCAGAAGAUCCGACAGGCCGCAGAUCUGAGUCAGCAUCUCCUGUUGAAGCUGAAAAGUGUGGCCGGCAUCAGAAUCUCAGACGGGCCGGACGGUUCCGACGCAGAGAUCACUCUAACUGAGGCUUUGAAAAUGGUGGAGGAGGAGCCAAACUCGGCUGUGGUGCUGUUUAAGUUCUCCCCAGAGCUGGGUUCUGGAUCCAGCGGAGGAGCAGCGGAGGGUCUGUGUGCCGGAGAGAAGGAGGUCCUGGAUGCCUUCAACAGAUGGCUGGGAGAGCAGCUGGCUCAGCUAGCUCCCUCUAGUGGCGUGGAUGUGGUGGAGCUGGAAGAUGAAGGGACCUGUGUUCGUUUCAGCCCCCUCCUCACCGCUGCAGUGCUUGGAACCAAACUGGAGGAUGUGGACGAACUGGUGCAGAAGCUCCUGGAGCUGGUGCCUAUGAUGUCAUCAACCAUGACCCUGAGACAGGACUUCAGGGAGGAGACCCACCGCCGCGCACCCGUUCUCACAUACAUAGAGGAGCUCAGCUGGCCCGGUCUGGGGGCGGUCCGCGGGAGGCGCUGUGGUUCCUCCCUGCCUCUACAGUCAGACCCUAAAGAGUUCUCCUUGUUUGAUCUGCAGCUGAUGGAGAACAUGACGGAGCGGGUGAGGAAAGGCAUCCUGGAGGCGGAGCUGCAGCUGCAGAAGGCCAAUGAGGAGAAGCUCCUGGAGGAGGGAAUGCUGAGACAGCUCCCCCUGGUGGGCUCCGUGCUGAACUGGUUCUCCCCGCUGGAGAGCUCCAUCAAGGGGAGGAGCUUUAACCUGGCAGCAGGUUCUCUGGACUCCACAGACGUAACGUACUCCACCAAAGCCCAGGCCGGCAGGAUGUCCCUGCAGGACACGCCCAGCCUCCCGUCGAAGAGAAACCCGGGUCAGAGGUUGUUUCGGCGUCCAGGUGUCGGAUCGGACUCCAUGAGCGAGACCAGCUCCAUCGGAGCAGCUGAGGAGGCCUCCAUCACCCCCCCCUCCACGUCUCACCCUGAGACACUGGAUGUCUCCACAGGAGACGGGGCUCCGCCCACGCAGGAGGAGGGUCUGCAGCUGGAUCUCAGUGGGAGAUGAAGAACAUCUCCACCUCCAGGCGUCCUCCAUCCGUCCAGAACCAGCCGCCGGUCCAUCGUGUCCAACGUGUCCAA